AUGUUCAUAAUUAAUAUUCUAAGCCUAAUUAUUCCUAUCCUACUGGCCGUAGCAUUCCUCACCCUAGUAGAACGAAAAGUGCUAGGUUAUAUGCAACUACGAAAAGGACCCAACGUUGUAGGCCCCUACGGGCUACUCCAACCCAUCGCCGAUGCCCUAAAACUAGUCACCAAAGAACCCCUACGACCAGGCACAUCCUCAAUCUCCAUGUUCAUUAUUGCACCAAUCCUAGGCUUAUCCCUAGCACUAACAAUAUGAGUUCCACUACCAAUACCCUACCCUCUAAUCAACAUAAAUCUAGGAGUACUAUUCAUGCUAGCCAUGUCAAGCCUAGCAGUCUACUCUAUCCUAUGAUCAGGAUGAGCAUCCAACUCAAAAUACGCACUCAUCGGGGCCCUACGAGCAGUAGCCCAAACAAUCUCAUAUGAAGUAACACUAGCAAUCAUCCUACUAUCAGUACUCCUAAUAAAUGGAUCAUAUACUCUAUCAACCCUAAUCACAACACAAGAGCACAUUUGAAUAAUCUUUACAUCCUGACCCCUAGCCAUAAUAUGAUUUAUCUCAACCCUAGCAGAAACCAACCGAGCCCCGUUCGACCUUACAGAAGGAGAGUCAGAACUUGUAUCAGGCUUUAACGUAGAAUAUGCAGCCGGACCUUUCGCCAUAUUCUUCAUAGCAGAAUAUGCCAACAUCAUCAUAAUAAAUGCAUUUACAGCAAUUCUCUUCCUAGGAGCAUCCCACGACCCACACACACCAGAACUAUAUACAAUCAACUUCGUACUAAAAACACUCGCAUUAACAAUCACCUUCCUAUGAAUCCGAGCAUCAUACCCACGAUUCCGAUACGACCAACUAAUACAUUUACUAUGAAAAAGCUUCCUGCCCCUAACACUAGCUCUAUGUAUAUGACACAUCUCACUCCCUAUUAUAACAGCAAGCAUUCCCCCACAAUCAU